AUGUACGAGAACGUCCUCAAAUGUCCCACUCCGGGCUGCUCCGGGCGCGGACACGUAAACAGCAACAGGAACUCUCAUCGAAGUCUUUCUGGAUGUCCCAUCGCUGCCGCAGAGAAGAUGGCCAAAGUCCAUGAGAAAAGUCUGACCACAGACAGCAAGGGGCAGGCGUCCGACCGGGUGCUCAGACCCAUGUGUUUUGUGAAGCAGCUGGAGAUCCCUCAGUACGGCAUCAAGACCAAUGUUCCCACAACGACGCCACGGUCAAAUCUCGCCAAAGAGCUGGAGAAGUACUCCAAGACGAGUUACGACUACAACUACGACCCGAGCGGUAGGCGGGGCCCAAACCGGGGCCCCCAGGAGCCCUCGCCCCGGCACUAUGAAGUGCGUCGCCUGUGCCGCUCUUCCCCCUCCUCCUCGUAUGCUCCUUCCUCCUCCUCCUCGGCCUCCUCCACCUGCAGCCGCAGCAGUUUUGACUUCAGCCAAGACCUGGAGGCGCACAUGGCUGCAACUGCCAUUUUGAACCUGUCCACGCGCUGCCGAGCCGAGCACGCCAGGGUCACACAGAGCCCAGUGCUGGACCCUGAGGACUCGGUGUCUCUGGAUGUCGGUGGGUCAUUGGGGGGGUCUGUGGGGGGACUCCGAGGGUCCUCUGAUGGUCCCUCAGACCCUACUGACACAGACCCGGUCCUGACCCCCCUCCAGCCCAUGUCCCCCCAGCGCCAGGCCCUUCACCAGCGUUGCUACAGUCUGGACUCAGGAGCCUGGGACCUGCCUCUGGACUACACCACCAUCAAGACCGACAAGGAGAGCGAGGAGUUGGACCCAUUUGGAGACCUGAUGGAGGACUCGCGUUUCUCCGGUGAAAUCCUCCCUGGAUCCAAACACCGCUUCAGCUCCAAAGAACCCAAGCAGGAACUGCUCAGUCUGUCCAGUUGUCCAAUUGGAGACAAAGUCCAGAGGAGUCUUCUGUCGUCCAGUUCUCAGGAGCUCAGAUGUCCCACUCCCGGAUGCGACGGCUCUGGACACAUCACGGGGAACUACGCCUCCCACCGCAGUCUGUCAGGCUGUCCUCGAGCCAAAAAGAGCGGAAUCAAAAUCUUCCACAAAGAGGACAAGGACGACCAGGAGCCAAUCAAGUGCCCUGUCCCCGGCUGUGAUGGACAGGGUCAUGUGACUGGGAAGUAUGCAAGUCACCGCUCGGCUUCAGGCUGCCCCCUGGCGGCCAAACGACAGAAGGACAGUCUGAUGAACGGAGCACAGUUCAGCUGGAAGAGCGGGAAGACGGACGGCAUGAGCUGCCCCACACCAGGCUGCGACGGGUCAGGACAUGUGAGCGGGAGCUUCCUCACCCACCGGAGUUUGUCUGGAUGUCCUCGCGCCUCCUCAUCCAUGAAGAAGUCCAGACUCGGAGGACUGGACCUGCUGACACUGAAGCAGAGAGCGGCAAAAGGGAUUGAGAAUGAUGAGGAGAUCAAACAACUGGACGAAGAAAUCAAAGACCUGAGCGACUCGAAUAACCGAGUGGAGUCGGACAUGAUCAAACUCAGAACACAGAUCACCACGAUGGAGUCCAGUCUGAAGUCUCUGGAGGACGAGAACAAAGUGAUUGAACAACAGAACGACUCUCUGCUGCAUGAACUGGCAACACUGAGCCAGACGCUGAUCUCCAGCCUGGCAACCAUCCAGCUGCCCCACAUGGAGCCGAUGAAUGAGCAGAACUUUGAUGCGUACGUGAACACACUGACCGACAUGUACACGCACCACGACGAGUUCAGCACCACUCCGGAGAACAAGGCUCUGCUGGAGAGCAUCCGGCAAGCAGUGCAAGGCAUCCAUGUGUAG